CGGCUCCACCCUGCUCUGCUCCCGUCGGUUCCCGUCAAGUAUCGCUACUGCUGCUUCACAUCUGUCAAGUGCCGCCCAGAGUCGCUAAUACUAGCUCCAGCGCUGAACCAGGUUUUAUCAAAGCGUUUACCGGAGCUUCACUGGGCUCGGUGACUACAUCGCGGACGACGUGAAAGACGACGAAGACACUUCUCGUUUUUAUUUAUUUUCUCCCUGGGGAAUUAACACAGCCGAUUCGACGUCAUUUCAUUUAGCGUCAUGUCCAAGUCAGACUACCCUCCAGGGUAUGAUGACCACCACGCACCUCAGGGCGGGAACUACUCUGCACCCCCUGCGUAUGGCUUCCCUUCCUUUGAUGGUCCCCCGCCAGGUUAUCCCUCUGCUCCCUACCCCCCUGGUCCAAACACUCCUCUGUACGCAGGGCAGCCAGGAGGCAAUCCCUCUGCCCCUUACCCAGGACAACCUGCUGGGCCUCCGGGAGCAUGGUACCCCAGCCCCCCUCCCAUGCCCCCUCUUGCCCCGCCUACCAUACCAUCAGAUGUCCUAAACUCGGACAGCGAGUUUGCAGCAAGCAACGGCAAUUGGGACAGCGUGAGCCUUCGUCAUGCCUUCAUCAGAAAGGUCUAUUUGAUCUUGGCUGCCCAGCUCAUGAUCACUACAGCCAUUGUGGCCGUAUUCACAUUUGUUGACCCUGUGAAGAAAUUUGUAAGGGACAACCAAGCUGUGUACUGGGCAUCAUAUGGAGUGUAUUUCGUCACCCACCUUGUGCUGGUGUGCUGCCAGGGUCCCCGGAGGAAGUCGCCAUGGAACAUGAUCCUGCUGCUCAUCUUUACUCUGGCUCUGUCCUAUAUGACUGGAACCAUAUCCAGUUUUUAUAGCACGAAAGCCGUAUUUCUUGCUCUGACGAUCACUGCCGUCGUGUGCAUCGCAGUCACAGUCUUCUGCUUCCAGACAAAAGUUGACUUCACCAAAUGCCAGGGCCUCUUCUGUGUCCUUGGGAUCGUGGUGUUUGUGACGGGCAUCAUCACAACCAUUGUUCUGGCCUUCAAAUAUGUUCCGUGGCUUCACAUGCUUUACGCAUCUCUAGGAGCCAUAGUCUUCACUAUGUUCCUGGCAUACCACACGCAGCUACUGAUAGGAAACAGGAAGUACUCCAUUAGUCCAGAGGAGUACGUGUUCGCCGCACUCUCCAUCUACGUCGAUAUCAUCCAGAUAUUCCUUUUCCUGCUGCAAAUCAUCGGAGCUUCAACCAAAUAAAUGUACAAGGGUGCAACUGGGGGUCAGCUUGGCUGAGAGAAUCACGGAGCAGUGAAACCAUUCCAUGUUAAGACCUUUUGCUUUUCAGUCACAAUUCUAAAUACAUUUAUAAAAUCUCCAGGGAAAUGUCUAAGGGCUGAAUUGAGAUUUUCUUAUAUAGUACAUUAUGCACAAAAAUGCACUUUUUUCUGAAAUGUAUACUUCUCUAUAUCAAAUUUACCCUUGGUAAGCAAAUACUACUUCAGUAUGAAUACUGUAUGACAUUAGAAUGCUACUAAGACAGAAAGUGUAUUUUUUUUUCCUCUGCAUGUACUACUACAAUUGAACUCUGUCCUGUCCGCCUGUCUGGUUUGCUCUGAAUUACAAUAGAGGUGGCUAUUACCGUAUUUGAACCUCAGUAAUGUCAAUAUAUUGGUUCAGAAGUUCACCUCUGAAGUCAGCUAACUCCUCCUCAUGGCAGCCUCAGAUUUGCUGCUUUUUGUUCACAUUAGACUUUGUAAAUGCUUUGUAUUUAUACUUUAACCAAUUUACAGAUUACAUGACUAGAGUGCCUUCACAUGACAAUGUUUCUGGGAAGACAUUUUUGUUACUUCAUGACGUACAGGGUUAUUAUCUUUUAUACUACUGUUACAUAUGUGCCUGUCGAUAAAGUACUCAGUUCCAGUCAGAUUUGGGUCAGGCAGUAGCUGCCAGCAGGGUGGAGUUUUCCAACACAGGACAGUUAACUCGGUGCCAUGGUGUUAAAUUAUCAGAACAUUUCUGAAAGCCAGUGAGUUCCAGCCAAUGUGGCAGCGUCCCAAAGCUGCUGACAUAUUCACUCCCAUCCAGCUGGUCUGCCAUACUCCUCUUAUUAUAAAUACAGACCCAGACCACACUUCUAUACAUACACAUCUUUACUCGAAUCAAGUAAAGCAAACAUUUCGAAUGUAAAUAUACACACCAGUGCUAUAAGAACCUGUUUGCUUUUCGUAUCAAAUAAAGAUUUUUUCUUUGA